CUUAUGGCAAGGCAGGGCAAGAUGAGUUGGUAGGCGAAGGGGACCCGGGGCGUUAUUGGGAAACCUGCUGCUUUGGUGAAAGUGUACCAGCUGCCAACAUACAUUUGGAAGACAAAUAUUCUAAUGCACAUGAGCUCCCGCUCUCACGUCGUGUGACGCAGCGAUGAUCCACUAACCCCAGUACCGGUAGCUCACGCCGGUGGAUCUGCAGCACCGGUACACCGGCCCCAAGCUUUCGCCGUCUCCCCGCCGUCAGCCGGCGCGAUGGCCGGCGUCUUCCGCCCGGGUCUCUUCGCCGGCCAGGUGGCGCUGGUCACCGGCGGCGGCACUGGCAUCGGCCGCGCCAUCUCGCGGCAGCUGGUCGAACUCGGCGCGACGGUGACGAUUGCUGCGCGGCGCGAGGCGCCGCUCCGCGCCACUGCCGCCGCGCUCGCGGCCGCCGGCCCCGGCUGCUGCGACUUCGCCACCUGCGACAUCCGCAAGGAGGAUGACGUCACGCGACUGGUGGCGACGGUGCUCGAGCGCCACCACCGUCUCGACCUCCUCGUCAACAACGGCGGUGGUCAGUUCCUGAGCGCGGCCGCCGAUAUCACGCGCCGCGGCUGGCACGCGGUCGUGGAGACCAACCUCACCGGCACGUUCACGCUGACGCAGGCGGCGCACCGCGCCUGGAUGCGCCAGCACGGUGGCAGCGUGGUGAACAUCAUCGCCGACAUGUUCCGCGGCUUCCCGAUGAUGGCGCACACGGGCGCCAGCCGCGCCGCCGUCGAGAACCUGACGCGGACGCUAGCCGUCGAGUGGGCGCAGGACGGCGUGCGUGUCAACGCUGUCGCGCCGGGCAUCAUCUACUCGCCGACGGCGGCCGCCAACUACUCGGUGGACGUGUUCGGCCAGUUCACGGCCGAGGUGCCGGCGCGGCGCUGCGGCACGACGCACGAGGUGGCCGCCGCCGCGUGCUUCCUCCUCUCGCCGGGGGCGUCGUACGUGAGCGGCGCCACGCUCCGAGUGGACGGCGCGUCCAGCCUGUACGCGCGGCACCUGCACCGGGUCCCUGCGCACGGCCGCCUGCCGCCACACCGAGGCGUGGCCGGCCCUGGCGGGGCCGAGGAGGGCGGGGCCGAUGAGGCUGCCCCGGGGAACACGGGAGCGGAGGCGGAGUCAGCGCCGUCCGGCUCUGAUGGGGAGAGGUCGUAGCUGGUCAUGCUUACCGAGGUGUUGGUGGAUACUGUGCAAUGUGUGACUGGUUUAUGAUGGACCGCUGUAGUAUGCGGAUAAGACGCGUGUGAGAUGCUGGUUUGUGGGCUGUUACUACAUGCGUGGUCAAGAAA